UUUUACUCAAAAGCCCAAACUCUCUCUCUCUCCUUCUCUCCCUCUCUCUCACACAGUUCACACACAUAUACUCGAUUUCUGCAUGUAGAUGUAGAUAUACCACCGGAAAUUGGUUGAUUUUCCGCUACUCAGACUCUACAAAUUGAAGGAUUCGAGUUGGGGGAAUUUCGGAGGAAAUAUUUAGUUCUGGCUGGGUUAAGGGUGGUGCUGAGUCGACUCGGCGGUGGAAACCGGCGGAGGAAUAAGGUGAAGAUUAAAGUGAUGGAAUGGUGGCACAACAUCGUCUUCCCCGUACGGCGCGCCUGGUUUGCUAUUUCCGCGCGUAUUAGAGCUCGAAAAAAUGGCGCCGGGCUCCUUAAACUCCACGACGACAUCCAAACCUGCGGCUACGAGGAUGUCCAAAUCAUGUGGGAAAUGCUGAGGAGGACCGAGCCAGAAAUAGCUCCCCGCAGCGCCAUGCGCAAGCCCAGAUGGUUCUUGAGGAACUUCGCGUGGUCCAGCCACGGCGCACGAGCGCCUCCAUCCCUGUCCGUGGAUCAAACUCAGUGAGCGAAAUGCUCCAAUCGCAGCUGCCUUAAAAAAGCAUCAUCGUACGAUGCGCAAAGGCCGGCGUAAACAUAAUACAGAUACAUGUUUGUCUACUUUUCUCUCAUAAACAAGACUCGGACAAAAAAAAAAACAGCAAGAUGUGUAGUCACUUUGUAAAUAUGCUCGUGAUAUCCGAAAAUGUAGUUUGGAUAAAAAGAGGUUUUGCUCUGUUUAGAGCUCUUUCGAAUAAAACAAUGUUAGAAAA